UCCAGCACUUCCCGCUCCGUUGCGACUCAACCACGUCCCGUGACUUAUUCUAGUUUAUUCAGGUUUCAUUUUUUUCUGGAAUAAACCCACUGCGGCGGCGGACUCUGAUGGCGCAGACCGAUGUGAACACGUCUGAGGGGCCAUAAAUGUGUCGUUAAACUUGUGACGGACGAAUCAUGUGGAGAGUCCACGGUUUUGUUGGAAGAGUUCUACAUCGAUGCAAUGGCAGCGCCCCCCUGCGACUGACCCAGAGCCACCACGUGGAGGAUGAAGUCUUCAACAGCUCAGCUGUCCUCUCCACCUCUCGACAAUCCUCCGACAGCAGCUCUCACAAUGAGCAGGAUGGAGGGAGGAGGAAGAAACACAGAACCUUUCAGUUUGGCUAUGCUGAGCUUCCACAAUACACAGUGCUGGAUGCUGUGGGAUGGGGGGCAGCAGCAAUUCUGUUUAUGCAGAUCUGCAAGAGGAUCCACUCUCGGUUCUCAUCAGGCACAGAACCCGGUCUGAUCCCUGGAGCCUUAAAUGCCCCCUCUUCCCUGCCAAAGUGUGGCUACCGCAUCCUGUUGGAAAUCUUGUCCAGGCGUGAUGUCCUGCCCAGAGGAAAGAGAUUAUUGUGCCUUCAGGGGGCGCCAGAACGACAGAACCAAGAUCAAACCAAGGCUCAUCAGAGCAGCAGCAGCAGCAGCAGCAGCAGUUCAGGUGGUGCCAGUCAUCACAGCAGCAGUGAGGGUCAGACCACAUGCAGCUCCAUCUCUGACCACCAGAGGGCACUCCUCAACCAGAAUUCACCUAUACCUGACACAGAGGAACCACUUCUCUCGGCAUCCCAUCCUCUCCAGAAUGACAUCAACACAGAGACUAAAGAAGAUGGUCACAAGGACAUGUCUGAGGAGAGGCUGGAAGAAGCAACAAUGAACCUCAGACAUGUGGGAGACAGCAGUGUGUCCGUUAUUCUCAACAUCAUUGGUCUAGAAAGUGCCAAGAGGGAGAACUAUGAGGAAGCAUUCACCUGUUUCCUCGCUGCAGCGCAGCACGGUUACACUAAAGCCCAGUUUAAUGUUGGUGUGUGCUAUGAGAAAGGCAGAGGAGUCAGCAAGGACAGAGAGAAGGCUCUGUAUUACUACAGAGAGGCAGCAGGCGGUGGUCAUGCACAGGCUCAGUACCGCUAUGCAAAGCUUCUCCUGACCAGCAGAGUGCAGAGUUUAGAGGAGCUGAACACGGCCAUCGACCUCCUGGAACAUGCUGCUGCAGCUGGACUCACAAAGGCUCAGCUCUGCCUUGCAUCAGUUUAUUCCCAGAAGCUAGUAAGAGACGGGAGCAAGUCAGUCCUGUACCUGAAGAUGGCAGCACAGGACGGGGAUGACACUGCCCUGCUGUUCCUGGGUCAGUGUCAUGAGCAUGGUUUUGGGGUGCAGCAGAACCUGAGGACUGCAAUUGAAUUCUACAGACAAGCAGCUCAAGCAGGAAACAAGGAGGCUAAGAGGUUACUGAUGCCUCCUAAUGGCACAGAUGUUAAGGUGGGAGAUGCUGUGUUGCGCUCCAUCAGUUCAGCCCCCUGUUUCUAUCGGCAGCCGCAGCAGCCAUCGCUCUCCUCUCUGGCCAGUCGUGUCCCUCCCUCCACCAGUCACCCCACCACCCUUCCUGCCCUGCCCCACUCCUGGAGCACUGGGAGCCUGUGUGUGUCUCAAACACUGUCUUCUGCUCCUCUUCACCUCCACCCCCACAGCACAGUGGGAAGAACCUGCCAAUGGACAGUGGGUAUUGGAUAGUUCUCCUGGGGCAGCGCUGGCCAAACUAAGUACUGUUAAGAAUGUACUGUUUUUAUUUUAUGGCAUGGAUGGGUUUUUUUUGUUGGUUUGUGUUUUUUUACACGAGUGGAAAAGUGUUGGGGUUGUUGUACAUAAUGUUGAAGUCUGGAUUUGAGUGAAAAGUUUUGUACUACUGUUUUUUUUUUUUUUGAAUACACUCUCUGACAAUAAUAUGCGCACAGUGGAUCCUCUUCUAUAGCUAUGCUUCUGUUUCGUACAGCGUUUUAUAAGCUUCCCUGUAAAAUGUUCUCCUCUGAGAGUGUGAUCGAUGUGCCUUCAUGUGGGUUGAGAUUUUCAGGUGGUUAAUGGUGUCUCGCUGUCCUUGUGACGUGGGUUUAAUCACUUCAUUUUGUCUCCUGCGAAAUGUAGUGCUUUAUGUAAUUGUCAUGUUUUAACAGUGAAUGAUACAGUUUCUUUACAGGGGAAAUGGUUCUAUGCUGUGUGUAAA